AGGCCGGCCUGUGGGGCGGCCGCCACGGGGACGGGGCGGGGCGGCCGGGCCGCGGGAAGGGUGCGGGGCCCGCCCCGCCUCGGCCGGGGUGGAUGAAGUGAGGGUCUUGGACCGGGUGGCUCUGAGGGGCCCUCCUAGGCUUGACAGGCUGCGCUCAAGGCCGGGCGGCUGUCGACACAAAUCGGGCGCAGAGCUUCUUCCCCGGGAGGCAGGUGUUGGGUGUCUUUGGCGUCUCCGUAGGAAACCAGAGAAGAGCUGUGACUGCUCCCUUUAGGGAGGCCUCUGGGCCUGCCCUGGAAACGAGGAUGGCUGCCAGUGUUUGGGGGCUAACCUCGUCCUUGCUCUCCACGGGGUAUACCGGAGAUAGCGCUUGCCUUCGAGAAUCGCCCCUCCGUGGGUUCUCCCCCGCACUCUUUGUUCAGUGGCCUAGGCUUUCUGAGAAAGGAGCACUUGGUAUAGAGAGGAGUAACCCACUUUCCCAGGACUACAAAGCUGGGAGUUAAGCCCAGAGUUUAAACGUUGGGUUCGGAGGCUUUUUUGACUAGGUGAAUAGUUGUCACACCGAGAACCGCCUGUGGACCUAGGGAAAGACCUUUGUGAUCCAGACUUGAGGCUUAUUUACGCUUGGCCUGUUUCCAUGCAAACUGUAAAGCGCUUUGUGUUAGCUGCCCUCAUCCAGAGUAAACACUGAGCUGAACAAUACCCUUCCUUGGGCACUCUUCACACAGUCUAUACUUGGCCCAGCUUCUCUUGAAAUGUUCCCUCCUUCACCUCAUUUAGAUAAAUCAGAUAGAUGUUCUUUGCUUAAUGCAUUAAACAACUACCUUAAUCAGUCAUAACCACAUUAUAGGAAAAUUGGAUGUAAUUAGGACCUGUCAAAUGUGCUUAAGUCCAGGUUCCACUAUACUGAUGCUAAGCAGCUUCCUUGGUCUUCCUACACUUGAGUAUUCUUUUUUUUUUUUUAAUUUUUUUUAACGUUUAUUUACUUUUGAGACAGAGAGAGACAGAGCAUGAACAGGGGAGGGGCAGAGAGAGAGGGAGACAUAGAAUCUGAAACAGGCUCCAGGCUCUGAGCCAUCAGCCCAGAGCCUGACGCGGGGCUCGAACUCACGGACCGUGAGAUCGUGACCUGAGCCGAAGUCGGACGCUUAACCGACCGAGCCACCCAGACGCCCCUACACUUCAGUAUUCUAUGUAUAACAUGAAAGCUGUGAAAUAGAUCAUCUUUUAGGCUUCCUCCUCUUUCAGAUGUCUGUGAUUCUGUGAAUGUCAUGCAUGACCUACCCCCCUUCCCCACUCUUUUACUUUUCAAACCCAUUCUUUACCUCCAGAGGAAUGGGCAUUGAGAGUAGAAGAUGGGAGUCUCUUUCCCUAAAACACCCUGGUUGGGAAACGAUGGUAGUUCCUGACUUGUUUCUUCCCUGGACAAGAAAAAUUCCCUCUGAACUACCUUUUUCUCCUUGUGAUAACAGCAGAAACCAAGCAGCAACAGCCCUUGGAGAGAGACUAAGUUUUUCUUGACUUCUACGGUGACAGAGACCUUGAGAAAGUUGGUACUUCUGGCCUACGCUGCCAACAUCCUACCACCCAGCCCAAGACAGCCCACGCUGGACAUUAGUGCCUCCCUCUUUAUUCCUCUGCGAUCAUCCAGAUCAGCACCUGACUGUUUAUUUUCAAAUCUCACAAACCCAGUUCAGUCCUCAGAUCUUCGUAAUUUUGGUUCUCAGCUGCUCUUGAAGGACAGUGACUUGUUAUCACCACAACAGCAGAGCCUGCCAUCCCCAGCAGAUCUACAGUCAGCCCCUGACAUCACCCCCUCCCUUGUCUCCCUCUGUGGCCUCCUAAAUGCCCAUCCCAUUGGCCUGGGUUCAGCUGGUGGUAUGGAGGGGUGCUGCCUAGCACUGACCUGGGAUUGUGUGUGACCCACUGACCCAAUGGACAUCAAAGGCCAGUUCUGGAAUGAUGAUGAUUCAGAGGGAGAUAAUGAAUCAGAGGAAUUUCUCUAUGGAGUUCAGGGGAGCUGUGCGGCUGACCUAUAUCGACACCCACAGCUUGAUGCAGACAUUGAAGCCGUGAAGGAGAUCUACAGUGAGAACUCUGUAUCCAUCAGAGAAUAUGGAACUAUCGAUGACGUGGACAUUGACCUCCACAUCAACAUCAGCUUCCUCGAUGAGGAAGUCUCUACAGCCUGGAAAGUCCUCCGAACAGAACCUAUUGUGUUGAGGCUGCGAUUUUCUCUUUCCCAGUACCUUGAUGGACCAGAACCAUCAAUUGAGGUUUUCCAGCCAUCAAAUAAGGAAGGGUUUGGGCUGGGUCUUCAGCUGAAGAAGAUCCUGGGUAUGUUCACAUCCCAACAAUGGAAACAUCUCAGCAACGAUUUCUUGAAGACCCAGCAAGAAAAGAGGCACAGUUGGUUCAAGGCAAGUGGUACCAUCAAGAAGUUCCGAGCCGGCCUCAGCAUCUUCUCACCCAUCCCCAAGUCUCCCAGUUUCCCGAUCAUACAGGACUCCAUGCUGAAAGGCAAACUGGGUGUACCCGAGCUUCGAGUUGGGCGCCUCAUGAACCGUUCUAUCUCCUGCACCAUGAAGAACCCCAAAGUGGAGGUGUUUGGCUACCCUCCCAGCCCCCAGGCAGGUCUCCUGUGCCCCCAGCACGUGGGCCUCCCUCCCCCAGCACGGACCUCUCCUUUGGUCAGUGGUCACUGCAAGAAUAUCCCUACUCUGGAAUAUGGAUUUCUUGUCCAGAUCAUGAAGUAUGCAGAGCAGAGGAUUCCAACGUUGAAUGAGUACUGCGUGGUGUGUGAUGAGCAGCAUGUCUUCCAGAAUGGGUCCAUGCUCAAGCCAGCCGUCUGUACUCGUGAGCUGUGUGUUUUCUCCUUCUACACAUUGGGAGUCAUGUCCGGAGCUGCAGAGGAGGUUGCUACUGGAGCAGAGGUGGUGGAUCUGCUGGUGGCCAUGUGUAGGGCAGCUUUGGAGUCCCCUAGAAAGAGCAUCAUCUUUGAGCCUUAUCCCUCUGUGGUGGACCCCACUGAUCCCAAGACUCUGGCCUUUAACCCCAAGAAGAAGAAUUAUGAGCGACUUCAAAAAGCUCUGGAUAGUGUGAUGUCCAUCCGGGAGAUGACCCAGGGCUCAUAUCUAGAAAUCAAGAAGCAGAUGGACAAGCUGGAUCCCUUGGCCCAUCCUCUCUUGCAGUGGAUCAUCUCUAGCAACAGGUCACACAUUGUCAAACUACCUCUCAGCAGGCAGCUGAAGUUCAUGCACACCUCACACCAGUUCCUCCUGCUGAGCAGCCCUCCUGCCAAGGAGGCUCGGUUCCGGACCGCCAAGAAGCUCUACGGCAGCACCUUUGCCUUCCAUGGGUCCCACAUUGAAAACUGGCAUUCGAUCCUGCGCAAUGGGCUGGUCAAUGCAUCCUACACCAAACUGCAGCUGCAUGGAGCAGCCUAUGGCAAAGGCAUCUACCUGAGCCCCAUCUCCAGUAUUUCCUUUGGAUACUCAGGAAUGGGAAAAGGACAGCACAGGAUGCCCUCCAAGGAUGAGCUGGUCCAGAGAUAUAACAGGAUGAAUACCAUCCCCCAGACCCGAUCCAUUCAGUCAAGGUUCCUGCAGAGUCGGAAUCUAAACUGUAUAGCACUUUGUGAAGUGAUUACAUCUAAGGACCUCCAGAAGCAUGGGAACAUCUGGGUGUGCCCUGUGUCUGACCAUGUCUGCACACGGUUCUUCUUUGUAUAUGAGGAUGGUCAGGUGGGCGAUGCCAACAUUAAUACUCAGGACCCCAAGAUACAGAAGGAAAUCAUGCGUGUGAUCGGAACUCAGGUUUACACAAACUGAGGGGGCCCCAGCCCUCGUACCACCCCUGUUCCCCCAGGAUCCAUCUGCCCUCAUACAAGGGCUCAGGAGCAGCAUGUGAGGCUGCCCUGAGGAAUCAAGGGGCCAUUACCAAGGGGCAGGAAAAGCAUAGAAGAGGCGGCCUUCAUGGUGGAGACUGACCCAGGAACCACUCCACAUUUGGAUGGCCCAGACUGACUCCCUACUCCUGAUUUUCCCAGUUGACUUCACCCUGUUUGUAAAUAAAACAAUAAAAUGGAAGGUGCUGUGGACUGGAUAUGAUCACUGUGGUCUGACUAGCCUUGGCCCAGCACCUGCCCCAAGCCCUCAAGUGGGGUGUCAGGUGGGGAGAGUGGAAUAUCCUGAGGGUUGGAACUAAUUAUGUUGGGUGGAGUAAAAGCUGAGUCAUCUAGUGUAGUGUAUGUACCACGGAUCUGGCAACAUUUUUGUCAGUGAACUGGAUAAAGAAGUUAGGCAGUUAUCAGUUACACAGAUGAUGCAAACUCAGAAGGAUAUAGAAUACCACUGAUGCCUGUUCUUCAAGA